AUGACGGAGCUGGUUGUCGCAGCACUGGGUUCUUUCGGGCGGUACUACAUUUGCUGGAAGACACAAUCUGGGGAGUAUAGGCAAGAAAGCUCCGGCCUUCCCGCUCCCUUACAAGAAUGGCUCUUCCCCAGCGAAGAAGGGCAACAGCGCACGCGCGACUUCGCGACGCUGCAAGUAGUCCUCGGCCACGGCGACGACUUCUUCGCCGCCGACCGCGACGGCAAGAUCGAGCGCAAAGCCGCAUCAUCAUCCGCAGCGUCGACGCCAGACCGCACGGCCUCGCCGCAACCCAACAACGACCGCCAAUACCUCUCCCCCUCGCCCAUGAGCAACAGACCGCUGGACCGCGCCGCACGACGCAGGUCUCGAACCAUGUCGCUGAUCGGCCCGCCCGCCUCCAGCUUCCGCCUCAGCCAGGCGGUCAGUCCGAUCAGCGAGUUCCCUGGCGAUCCCAGCCGUGGUGGUCAUGGCGCUCGCGGCAGCAGCAUCAGCAUGAGCAGCAUCGGCGCCGGGCAGAGGUUGAGUGGCAGCGGCGUGAAGGCGGUGGCGAGGCCCUUGGCUGUCGCCCGGACGAAUGCGGACUGGCGGACGCGGCCGAGGACUAUCGCGCUUGGCGAGGAGCAGCUGCGUAUACCUGAAGGGGGGCUGCGUGCGAGGGAGCAGGUGCCGCUCAGAGCGAGGGGUGCGUCGUCGCCGCCGCAGCCGCCGCUGGGGAUGGGGAGGGGAGAGGUGGGAGGAGGGGGAGGAGGAAGUGGAGGAGGAGGGGCAGCGUGCUGCCAGUGCGGGUGCCACGCCACUGCACAGACAUCUUCUUCUUCUGCUGCUGCUGCUAUGCAAACUACAACCGGUGUGAGAGAGCAGCGACCGAGCUAUGCGACUGCGAGCGUGCAGGCAAAGGUGGAGCCUGCCGAUCCGCCGCCGCCACCACCACCACGGCCGAAAUACGUCGACACCGCCGUCCAGACGGACCCGCCUCCUCGGGUACGUCGGUCACCGUCCUCGUCGUCGCGCAAGCGGCACUCCGUCACCUCUUCCUACUCCGACACAGGCACCUUCCCGUCUUCCAAUUAUUCUUCCUACCUGUCUAGUACGAGCAGUAGGCGCUCUAGCGCUGCGGCGACGGAUAUCACAACGCCGUCGACGUAUGAGGGCGGUGCGCCAUCAGGAAAUCCGGUUCUAAUGGGGAAGAUGCAGGAUUACUUCAGGAGCACUGGUUAUCAGCUGGGCGACGCACUGCGACCGACGCAGUAUGGGGUGGGCUACGGGGUUGGGUAUGGAGGGAUUGAAACCGGGUGGUUCAGCGCCUGGUAG